CAGGGAGCCUUUCGUCAUUCGAUGCACGGGGCAGGCAGAAGGUACGUGCCUCCACAGCUGGAUGACAGCUGGCAGAACUCACCGACACCUGGCAGAUCAGCCGUCGAGCUUACCGUCAGAUCCCACCACACCGUGGACUGACCCCAACAAUGGACGUUCCCAGGCUGCAUGCCGCCGCCCAAACAGCGAAUGCAAAGGCCGCAAACAUCGAGUCCACAUCGCCAAUUGUAGCAUACCAACCUUAGAGCAGCAAGAACAAUACCAAGUGUGAUGAGAUUCUCAACCAUUGUGUCCCAACCAGUCUCCUAACACACUUUCUUCUCAUUUCUGCUUAUCCGAUUGAUGGUGGUGCGCACAAAGGGAGUGCGGGUCCGGAAUCGCGCCAUCUUCAUUCGCAAGUUUCCAAAGACCAAAAAGGGAAACAUGGCCGCCCCCAACUCCUCCUUCCCACAAGAAGGGGUCGCUACUUCUGCUCAGCAAAAUCUAGACGCCAUCACCGACGACGACUUUGAAUACGUCGACGAGGAGUUCGUCUUGAGUCAUCCCCCACAGCAACCAGCACAGCCCGAACCCAUGAUUCCCGACCUGUUCAAACAGCCUCCCCUGGUGAAGGAUGACCUCAUCACCGACACCUCCCGGCUCCAGGACCAGACUGUCGAGCACUGUCUACCCUUCCUGACUACCGAGGAUGGACCCCUCGAUGUCAACGACUAUGGCCUCCCCAAGCUGAACAGAGAGAAGCAUAUCAAGUUCCUCAAGCAGUCCCUUGGGCCGUUACCAGGUCGCUUUGUUGCAGUGGAUGCCAGCAGGCCGUGGUACUUGUAUUGGUGCCUAUCCGGUCUCACCAUGAUGGGGGAGGAUGUGUCCAGUUACCGGGAGAGCGUUAUUGAGACUGCUCGCACCAUGCAGAAUGAGUCUGGAGGGUUCGGUGGAGGCCAUGGACAGACUUCUCACCUGGCGACUACCUAUGCCGUUAUCUUGGCUAUCGCCUUGGUUGGAGGUGAGGAGGCCUAUGAUGUUAUCGAUAGGAAGGCUAUGUGGAAAUGGCUAUGCUCUUUGAAGCAGCCUGAUGGUGGUUUUCAGGUGUGUGUGGGAGGUGAGGAGGAUAUCAGGGGGGCAUAUAUCGCGGCUGUUAUCAUCACUCUGCUCGAUCUGCCUCUGGACUUGACACCAGACUCUCCUGCAUAUGACGGUCGUUCCAACCUGUUGACUGGCAUAGCGGAAUAUGUGCGUAGCUGCCAAACCUUUGAGGGCGGGAUAUCUAGUCAACCCAACAACGAGGCCCAUGGCGCGUAUGCCUUUUGCGCUCUUGCCUGUCUCGCCAUCCUAGACAACCCUCGCCGGAUCAUCCCAAGCUACCUAGACGUCCCACGCCUCGUCUCCUGGCUGUCUUACCGACAGUACGCACCCGAAGGCGGAUUCUCGGGACGCACCAACAAGCUGGUUGACGGCUGUUACAGCCACUGGGCGGGCGGAUGUUUCCCCCUUAUUGAGGCAUGUCUCAGUCCCUCCGGCUCUGGUUCCGAGAAGGACAAGACAUCCACCGGUCUUGCGGCGGCGCCGGAGAGCCUGUACAGCAGGGAGGGUCUUAUUCGGUAUAUCCUUUGCUGUUGCCAGGACCAGACGAAGAGGGGUGGGUUGAGGGAUAAGCCGUAUAAAAUGUCAGACCCCUACCACACCAAUUACGUCCUCUCCGGCCUCUCCUCCGCCCAACACCAAUGGGAUCUCGACUCCGAUCCCCUUCCCCUUUCCAACGGAGAUACCACCCCCACCUUGGCCGUCCUGGGCGCCGACUCCGUCUGGAACGUGUUUCCCUACAUCGACGAAAAAGACCAGAUUUACGAAGACUCGGACCGGGUUAGACCGAUCCACCCGGCUUAUGCGAUCCCGCAGAAGAACGUGAAUGGGAUUAGGGGGUAUUUUCAGGGGCACAGUGGGUUUGCUUCCACUUAGGCGGUGGACAAUGACAUCGAUGGGCGGAGGAGAUUGGGUAGACUGAGUAGAUUGGGUAGAAGGGGAGGAAGGUUCAGGUGGGGUAACUGUGGUUGUCCUUGGGAAAGAGGGAAAUGAGUUAUGCGGAAGAAUGACCAAGUAGUAUGUGGUAUUGAGGCAGCGAGUGCUUGGUGAUGAGGAUAUACUGUUAAGAAUGAUGGGAAAGGUAUGUUCGCAUGAAACAGCAGAAACGAGUGGAAGUCCUCACGGCAGCUCUUAUACUAGCAUAUGUUUGUUUGCAUUGUCAAGAUAACGGGCGGGCAUGUUUAGUUUGAUGUGAGCCCUCGAGUUGGGUUGGCAUGAAGGCAGUCUACAGGAAUAUCCAGCAUGAGUGAGUGCAACAAGCAAGACGACGAGGACAUGCCGGAUUGUCUGUCGAGCGUAAUCAAUAGCUUUCUGAGCACCAAUCUGUAAAAGAAGCAAGUUGAGAUCCUCCAUAGUCAUCAUGUGUGAAA